CGCGCAGAUUGGAGCCCCGCUCAGGGAAGCCUGGUCCACUGGACCCAGCUCACAGUCCCCAGCCCUAAGAGCAGCCUCCCUGUGCAGGAGCCGCCCGCGAAGGCUAAAUCUCUGAAGAUGUCUUCUAAUAAUGACCAGGUUGUUAUCCCAAUGCUACGAAGACACACCAAUGGCCUUCCUGAGAUGAUCUCUGCUGACGGGGAGACAAUUACCCAAGGAGCUGUGUUGAGUUUUCAUAAUAUCUGCUAUAGAGGACAAGAGAAGAGAGGCUCUCUGCUCCGACGAAGAACAGUUGAGAAAGAAAUACUAUCCAAUAUCAGUGGGAUCAUGAAACCUGGCCUCAAUGCCAUCAUGGGACCUCCAGGUGGAGACAAAUCUUUGUUGUUAGAUAUCUUAGCUGCAAGGAAAGAUCCAUGUGGAUUAUCUGGAGAAGUUUUGAUAAAUGGAGUACAUCAGCCUGCCAAUUUCAGAUAUAAUUCAGGUUAUGUGGUACAAGAUGAUGUUGUGGUGCACACCCUGACAGUAAGAGAAAACUUACAGUUCUCAGCAGCUCUUCGACUACCAACUAUGACAAAUCAUGAAAAAAAUGAGAGGGUUAAUGAUAUUAUGGAAGAGUUAAAUCUGGAUGACAUGGCAAAUUUCAAGGUUAAAUCUAGAGAAUUGAAAAAAAGGACUAGUAUAGCUGUGGAGCUGAUCACUGAUCCUGCCAUUUUGUUCCUGGAUGAGCCAACAAAUGGUCUAGACCCAAGCACUGCAAAUACUGUUUUUUCACUCCUGAAAAAGAUGUCUAAUCGUGAUCGAACAAUCAUCUUCACCAUUCAACAGCCUCGGUAUUCCAUCUUCAAGCUGUUUGACAGCCUCACCUUAUUGGCUUCAGGAAAAUUAAUGUAUCAUGGUCCUGCACAGGGGGCUCUGGAGUACUUUCAAUCAGCAGGUUACUCUGGUGAGGAAUACCAAAACCCUGCAGACUUCUUCCUAGACAUCAUCAAUGGAAACGUCCCUCCUAUAAACAGAGAGGAAGAAAAUGAAGCCAAGGAGACUGAACAGCUUUUCCAGAGAGAAAAACCAGUAAUAGAAGCAUUAGCUGAGUUUUAUGCCAACUCGGCCUUCUACAGAGACACAGAAGCUGAAUUAGAGCAUCUGUCAGGGGGUCGGAAUAGCAGGAGUCUGGCCUUCAGGGAGAUCACCUGUGUCACCUCCUUCUUUCAUCAACUCAGGUGGAUUUUCUGGCGUUCAUUCAAAAACUUGCUGGGUUUCCCUUCGGUCACUCGUCGUCAGCUAUGUUACACAGUCAUUCUGGCACUGGCUGUAGGUUGCAUUUUCCUUGUGUUCAAAAAUGAUUGUACUGACAUCCAGGUUAGAGCCUGGGGACUCUAUAUACUGAUUGUCUUCCAGUGUUUCAGCAGUGUGACAGCUGGGGAGAUGUUUGAGCUCGAGAAGAAACUCUUUAAACAUGAGUAUAUCAGUGGAUACUACAGUGAAAAAUCUUACUUCUUUGGAAAACUGUUAUCUGAUUUAAUACCCAGGAGGAUUUGUCCAAGUUUUAUAUUUACUUUUAUACUAUCCUUGAUGUUAGGAUGGAAACUAGGAGCUUUCUUCAGGACGAUGUUUAUUGUUUUGCUGGUGGCUUAUACCACCAGUUCCAUGGCACUAAUUCUAGGAGCAGGCGAGAAGGCAGAUAGAAAGAUACUUCUUGUGAUUGUCUAUUUUAUGUUUAUGCUGGUUUUCUUGGGUAUAUCGCUGAAUUUUGAAAGCACAAAACUUUGGCUCUCCUGGCUUCAGUACUUCAGUAUUCCUUAUUAUGGCUAUAUGGCUUUGCUGCAUAAUGAAUUUUUGGGACGAAACUUCUGUCCAGGAGUUAGUACAACAGAAAGCCGUGGCUGUGCCAGCUAUGUGAUAUGUACAGGAGAAGAAUUCUUGACACUCCAGAGCAUCGAUCUCUCUUGGGGCUUGUGGAAGAAUCUUCUGGGUUUGGCUGUUAUGCUAAUUUGCUUCCUCACAAUUACCUACCUAAAAUUGAUAUUUCUUAAAAAAAAACAUUCUUAAAUCUCCCUUUAUUUGCUAUAUAUUACUCUCACAUUAAAA